GAUCUGUAGCUUUGAGUCAUGAUAUGUUGCACUGCGGUGCAAGAACGAACCUAACAACAAUCAACCUGAAUUUUUACGGAUUUUUUUUUUUUUUUUUUGCUAUUAUUUUUAACAGAGCGACCAUGGGUCAGACGCUCGACACCUUAUACGGCAAACGUUACCCAGUGUCAGGUGUUGCUCCGGUGUUCGUCACCGCGACAGAUGUGUCUCGGCUGUAUCCAGACAGAGCGACGAUGGCCCCGGCUCACAGUGUGGCGCCACCAAGCGUGCCAACAAAACAGGAAAAGUGUUACGACCCUCAUGACAAAACACUUAAAUUUGUCGAUGGAGAGGAUGAUUUGGACUUUUUGUAUGAAGGCUUCAAAUCUCUCAGAGCUCAGAUGUCCUGUGGUCACGCUGUGACCCCGACCUCUCUCACCAACUGGUGUCGCAGGUUGUUGGACCAGGGUGAAAGCAGGUUUGUGUGUGGUGGGUCUGGUUGUGGUGCUGAGUGGACUUUUGCAGAGGUUUGUAAAAUGGCUCUUCUGGACCCUCAAGAAAGGGAGUACUUUCAAAAAACCAUGGAAUUCAAUGCUGCCAGGCAGACAACUACUAAGUUGUGUCCUGGAUGUGGAUUCGCUGUGACGAGAGAGAAUGGGUCAGAUUUGAAUGUCCUCUGUAAAGUGUGCACAGCAGUAAAAGGACGGCCGUUUGAAUUCUGCUGGCAGUGUUUGAGGGAGUGGAAGGGUGCACGGCCUCGGAAGGACCGCUGUGGAAAUCGUGGCUGCUGA